AUGGGCGAUUGCAGCAGCAGACCUACUAAAGCCGAUAUGGAGCAGCAUAUCCACGACUAUAAUGCAAAAAACGACCUAUUUUUCCAAGCAGUCCCAUUUGAUAGAAAAAUCGAAGAAAUGAUUUUGGAAGAAAAUUCAAAAAAAGGUCUUCAAGAAAAGCUUCAACUUUAUCAAAGGAAAAAAGUUGAAUACCUAACUACUUAUAGUACAAUAACUGCUGGGGAACCUCAUAUCCCUGAAUUAUCAAUAGAAAUUCAAAAAGGGCUCGAUCUUCAUACAAACAACUUAUGCUUUACUCAAGGAAAACCUUAUGUUACUGUCACAUUAGAGCCGAAGGGACCAAUUUAUGAAACUUUUGAAUCUGACAAGUUUAUUCCUUAUUGAUUUCAGUUAUUUCAAAUAAAGCAAAACAUGAACAGUUUUAGUCAUUUAUUAAUACAAGUAUGACAUAGGAGAAAUGUAGCAGACGAUUUACUGAUUGGAGAUAUGGCAAUCAAAAUAAGCGAUUUGGAAGACCAGCAUGUUAAAGAAGAGUGAGUUGAACUGACAAGUCUGUAUAGUAAUGAUCUGCUUCGACCAUCUUUGAGAGUUAGGAUUCAGCUGAUGCAUGAUAAAAAAGCACUUUUGCACAGAUUGUCAAAAAGAUGCCAAUAUAUUAUAUACUAGGCUGGCAAUAUUUCUGCCAAUAUGGUAAGCUUAGCUGAAAAUUAAACUUGCUUUCAAAUAUAUCAUAAAUAACUAAAUUUUAUGCAAACAAAAUUGCUAUGAAAGAAUAGAUUUGAUAAGAGCAGAACUAACACAUAGAGAAAAACCUAAUGGCACAAAGCAUUAA